AUGGUUCUCGACCGCCUAAAGCAAGUCGCCCAACAUGUCUCCGGCACUACCCCUCCUCCUCAUCCCUUCGACCCUCUCUCUGCCUCUGAGAUUGAGAAGGCGGUAGCACUCAUCAGGAAAGAGCAUGGGCCGCUCGCUUACAAUGCCGUUACAGUCUGGGAACCCAGGAAGGCGGACAUGCUGGCAUGGCUCGCGGACGCAGAUCAUACGCCGAGACCGCACCGAGUUGCGGACGUGGUAGCGAUCAAGAAGGGAGGGAGUGUAUAUGAUGGGUUGGUUGAUUUGGACGAGGCGAAAGUUCUGAAGUGGGAGAGCACGGAGGGUGUGCAGCCAUUGAUUACGAUGGAGGAUCUGCAGAUUGUGGAGCAUGUUGUGAGGGAGGACCCCAAGGUCAUUGAGCAAUGUGGCAUCAUUGGGAUACCGAAGGAGGACAUGCACAAGGUCUACUGUGAUCCUUGGACCAUUGGUUUCGAUGAGCGGUUUGGGAACAAGGUCAGGCUUCAGCAGGCUUUGAUGUACUACAGACCGCAUAUCGACGACAGCCAGUACACGUUCCCACUGGACUUCACCCCUAUUUUCAACUGUGAUACCCAGGAGAUCAUCCACAUCGAUGUCCCUCCCGUAAGAAGACCCAUCAAUCAAGCACCAGCGAAUAAUUACCACCCCGCCGCAAUUGAGGCAGAAGGCGGCUAUCGCAAGGACUUGAAGCCGAUCAAUAUCACUCAGCCUGAAGGUGUGUCAUUCAACGUUGACGGGAGGAUCAUUGAAUGGCAGAACUGGAAGGUUCACGUGGGCUUCAACUACCGUGAGGGUAUCGUGCUGAACAACAUCACCUACAAUGACAAGGGCAACGAAAGAGGCGUCUUCUACCGACUUUCACUAGCCGAGAUGGUGGUGCCAUAUGGAAACCCUGAGCACCCUCAUCAACGGAAACAUGCCUUUGAUCUGGGUGAAUACGGAGGUGGCUACAUGACCAAUAGCCUCGCUCUCGGCUGCGAUUGCAAAGGGGCAAUCCACUACAUGGAUGCGAACUUCGUGAACCGUGCUGGUGCAAGCCAAACGAUCAAGAACGCCAUCUGCAUCCACGAAGAAGACGCCGGCAUCCUCUUCAAGCACACUGACUUCCGAGACGACUCAGUCAUCGUGACUCGAGGGAGGAAAUUGCUGAUUUCGCACGUGUUUACUGCUGCAAACUACGAGUACUGCGUUUACUGGAUUUUCCACCAGGAUGGAACAGUGCAGCUCGAGGUCAAGCUUACGGGCAUUCUGAACACCUACGCCAUGAACCCGGGAGAAGAUACGCACGGCUGGGGCACGGAGGUGUACCCAGGGGUCAACGCUCACAAUCACCAGCAUCUCUUCUGCAUGCGGAUAGAUCCCAACAUUGACGGGCCACAAAACACCAUUUUCCAGGUCGACGCCAAGGCAGGGCCUGGUGAGGUCGGCAGCGCGGAGAAUAAGUACGGUAAUGCCUUCUACGCGCAUAAGACCAAAUUCACGACUCCAACUGAAGCGAUGUCGGAUUAUGAGGGGAGCUCUAGUCGGACUUGGGAAAUGGCGAACACGAAUAAGAUCAAUCCGUACAGCCACAAGCCCGUUAGCUAUAAGCUGGUCAGCCGAGAAGUGCCUAGCUUGCUGCCGAAAGAGGGUGGUCUGGUAUGGAAACGAGCUGGAUUUGCAAGACAUGCUGUCCAUGUCACUAAAUACCAAGACGAUCAAGUGCACCCCGCUGGCCGUCAUGUCCCGCAGACAUCCGGCGAACCGUCUCAAGGUCUCCCCGAAUGGAUUGCACAACACGCCGAGGAAAACAUCGACAAUACGGAUGUUGUCCUCUGGCACACAUUUGGCAUCACACAUUUCCCGUCGCCCGAGGACUAUCCGGUCAUGCCUGCGGAGCCCAUGACAUUGCUGCUUCGACCUCGGAAUUUCUUCCUGAAGAAUCCGGCGCUGGAUGUGCCGCCGAGCUACUGUUCCACUCCAAGCCAGAAGGCGAGUCUGUUGCAGCGGGGAGAGAUGAACAAUGCGGACAAGGCGAGUCGGGCGGUUUGA